UCUAUGGCAGGAAUGCCUCAUAACACGCCUUGAAGCACCCUAAACUAGUAGUCGUUUUCCAACGACCAAGGCGCUGCAUGCUUUCCGCAGUUCACGUAUUGUUCAGAGGGUGCUUAGGAGUCCGAAAAUCCGGUAUCUUGGAUGGUAACAUUUCACCCUCUCAGCAGUUACGGAGAAAACCACGCGUCUCUAAGUCCGUGUCGUCUCUCACCACACUUCCCCCACAAACCUCCCGCUUAAUCUUCCGCCAAUCUUCCGCCCUUCUUCCGCCCAUCUUCCGCCACCCCCCUCCUGCGCCAACCCCAUGGACAAGGAGGAGCCUCCGCGCGCGCGCACUCUCCGCAAUGCCGCCAAGCGCUGGAGCGUGCCGGCCGUGCUGCACCCCGCGUCGGGCCGGCUCGUCCCCAUGGACGACUGGGCGAUCUCCGCCGCAGUCGCCGCGCACAGCGACGGCGCGCCGGCCGCCGCACAUUCCGCCGCAUCGUCCGGCCACGACGAUUUCCUGAAAAAUCUGACCAAUCGGAGCCGAAAGUGGAUUGGCGGAGUGCGGGGGAGCGGGCGGCCCGGGACGGGGUCGUUUCGGGACGCGGAUAACGCGGCGGCGGCUGCGGCGGGGUCGCCGGCCGCGGUGCCGGCCGCGCCGCCGUCGCUGGACAACGUGCCGGAUUCGGUGCUGCUGAGGAUCCUAAUGUGCGUGGAGUCGCCCAAGGACCGAGCGUCGUGCGCCCUGGUCUCCCCCCGCUGGUUCUGGCUGGAAAAACGCUCCCGCCGGGCCGUCACCCAUCUGGACCUCUCCCAACCGUCGCGCUUCCUGGAGUCCCUGCCACUCGCCUUCUACCCCAGCGUCUCCUCCCUCUCCGUCAACUGCUCGCUCUACCGCUGCUGCUGCUCUGCCGACGGGCUGUACGACGCCAGGGAGCUGCACGUGCUGGAGUUAUUGCAUUUAAAGCGGAUUCUGAACCAGCGGCCCUGGGAGAAGCUGGAGUUUGUCGACUCGCAUUUCCUGCUGGAGGGCCUGCCUAAAACGGGGAUGGGCUAUGGCGGUGGUGGGUUUAUGGGAGGGGGAGGGGGGGCAGCAGCAGGGGGUGCUGCUGGUGGUGGUGCGGUUAACUUGCAGAGUGGUAGUUUCAGUGGUGGUAGUGCCUCGGUUACAACUCCGAGUGUUACAACUCCCGCCGUUUCAACUCCGUCCGUGGCAACUCCAGCUGGUGUCAACACCCCGGGCGGGGUAACUACACCCGGAUUCCCCGGCUCAGAAAAGUCGGGCAGCAAAUUUUCCCGCGAGGGCAGUGGAUCGGUCAAAUCAAGCAGAGGGCGGGCAGGAGGGGGAGGCGGGCCUAAGAUUUGGGAUACGAUGGAGGAAGGGGAAGAGGGGGGCGGAGGAGGGGGAGGAGGAGGGGGGGGGGAGAAGGGGGGGGAGAGGGGAGGAGGAGGGGGUGGGGGUGGGCUUGUGCACGUUGGGUUCUUUGACAGGUGCGGUGAGACGCUGCAGUCGCUGGUUCUGGAGGGAGGGCGGAACGUCACUGGUAUUGAUGGCAUUGCGAAAGAGAUUUCCAUUAAGCUGCUAACCCAGGAGCUGGCCCUCUGCUCGUCCCUGCGCCGCCUGGUCGUCUCCCAGGUCGUCAAGGGCAACCCGCGUCUCCUGGAGCGCGCCUUUGCCUCUCUACCGCUCCUCACCUACCUGGACCUGGGCAACCUCAAGAUCGAGACCCCGGGGGUGGCCGGCCCGCCCCUGCUGGGCGCCACGGACGGCAUGCUGAGGGAGGUGGCGCGGUGGUGCGGGGGAUUGGAGGAGGUGUAUGUGGGGCCGCACGCCACGGUGGUGGGGGUGGAGGCGGUUGCCACCAAGUGCAGGAAGCUGAGGGUGCUGGGGGAUGUCACUGCGGCUUGCAGGGACUCAAUGCACGUAGUCAAUAAGUGGGCCACCAACGAGACCUUAGAGGAGGUCGGGCGCUCCUGCCCCUCGCUGCGCUCGCUGCUGAUCCGCUGCAACGCCGACAUCACCGACGCGGGCCUCGUGGCCUUUGCCGCCCUCAACCCCAGCAUCACACACCUCAACGUCUUCGCGCUCUCCCACUGCCUCACCUACAUCUCUCUCAUGUCCGCCGCCCGCCACUGGCUCUCCCUCGAAUCCCUCAUCCUGCCCUUCUGCGAGCGCGACGACCGGGCAGAUUUCCUCGACCUGGUGAAAGUUCUCGCGACGUGCUGCCCGGAUCUGAAGGUUUUUUCGAUCGGGCUGUGUGCGCACCGGCACUUCGAGGCGCUGUUGGAGCUGCUGAGGUCGUGCUCAGGGCUGCAGUACGUGUAUCUGUUCGAGAGCUGCCAGGAGGGCCAUGAGUUCACCAUGGCUGAUCUUAGGAAGGCUGCUGCUAAGGAGAAGAGGAAGCCCCUCAUCUGCUAUGCUGCUGGGUCGAAUGAAGGGAUCUGAUCUGCUCACCGCUUGGGUGAAGAAAGCGAGCCUCGUACGGUAUGGGGUAUUAUUCUUCUUGGUGAAUGGCUUACGACGCAGCAUGCGACCGACUGCCAAGGUUCUUAUAGGUGCUAUGGGGUAGUAUUCUUAGGUGGGUAGGGGGGGGUACUUAGACAUUCCACGAUGACAACUCAUGGUACUUCCAAGUAUAGCUCACUCAAUGACGUUGCGGAUGUCAUAUUUCGAUUGUACGCAGAGCUUGAUGCAUUCUCUGACGGUUGCUUAUAGCGAGUA